AACCCCACCUUUGUUUAUCCUCUCUUAUUCUCUUGUUAUUCUCAAUUCUUACACUUGAACAGCAAAAGAAAUCACUUUCACUUUCAGUUCAGUUCUACUGAGGUUUCCAUCUCUGAGGACAUGGAGAGUCAGAGAGGUCCUCUUCUUAGCUGGGCUUACUUCUGUCAAGGAAAGACAAUGGAAGAGCUUAGGUAUUCUCUUUUCUAUACGACUAUGGAGCUGGAACAGACAAGGAUGGCAGUUCAGGAAGAGCUAAGAAAGAGAGAUGAUCAAUUAAUUCAACUCAAGGAGUUGCUAAGCAAGGCAAUAAGAGAGAGGGAUGAAGCACAGGAGAAAUGCCAAAGACUUUUUCUUGAGAAACUCCUGCUUCAUCAACUGCAGCAGCAACAACAACAAAAACAGCAAGUUUCUCCUCUCUCUGGAGUUUCUGGCGUUGAGGAUGAACGCAUAAAAGGAAUAGACUCUAACAAUGGCUUCUCAUCAUCUGACUGUGAGGGAAGCAUCGUUUCAUCCCCUGUUCUUGACCCAACUCAACCACCCCAACUGCCACCACAAGGACCACCACCUCAAUCCAUGCCACAAACAACCAUGGAGCUCGUGCCUGAUAAGCCAUUGCCCGAAAAGGGAAAGCUUUUACAGGCAGUGAUGAAAGCUGGCCCGCUCUUGCAAACCCUUCUUUUAGCUGGACCACUGCCUCAAUGGCGACACCCACCACCACCACUGGAGUCAUUUGAGAUCCCACCUGUGACCAUUCCUUCACCACCACCACCCCCACAACUCCUCCACCAAGACUCCUUCCCCAGCAUUAACGCUUGCAACUCUCUAAACACCUGUGGUAAAGUAAACAGGAAAAGGGGUCUCUAUGAUGGCCCUGAUUCUCCUGCAGAAACCAAGUACCAACGAUUAGUUCUCGAUUGACUGCGACUACAAACAAGAUAGUCUGAAUGGUGCCUACUAAUUCCAUAAAAUUUACCAUUUUUAAGCUUCUUAAUUAUAGGGUUAGUGAGGGUGAAGAAAAUCAGCCUAUCAGGGAAAGAUGACUGAUAUCAGCAUUUUUGUACAGUGGUUUGCUUCACAGAAGCAAUCAUCCAACUUCUAGUUUAACUCUUUGGAGAGAGCAAAAAGAAAAGCUUUGUUUCUUGGCUUUUUGCCAAUGUUUUUAGGGUGAAGAAUUUUGUUUCUCUCCUGUUUCCCUCCCUUUAUUAUUUUCCUUGAUUUCUUCACAUGUGGUUUUUGCUCCAUGAUGUGAAAGGGAGCUUUGAAAUUGAUUUGUCCAAAAUAGCAAUUGUUGUGGCAUGUGAAAAUUCAGUACUAGUGUUAUAACUUUAGCUUCUAUAAUAUAGUCUUAACUAAGAAGUGUGCUGUGCUGGUUUGUUUAGUGUGGAGUGUUUGAGAAAGGAAGAGAUUAGAUUAAAAAAUAGAAGGAUUUUUAAGCACAAGGGAUUGGGUGUGUGGAGUUGUUGAAAUGGGGAAGAUGGGUAUGGCCAACAACCAAGAAGGUUUAAGGGGCUUGCUUGUCGGAUGAGUGGAUCCCACGAAAUCAGAAUCAGGAUCUGCUACUUGUGUAAUGAUGUGUGAUCAUAUUUAUAUUACUCUUUUUUUCUUUUUUGGUUGAGGGAAGCAUCAUCAUUAUUAUUGUUUACAUCUUAUGUUUCGUUUCUCUCUCUCUCUCUCUCUCUCGAUAUAUAUAUUUCUAUUCCAAUUGCUAAUAUAUUCAUUAAAGCUUCUUUUAUUUA